AUGAGGAGGAAGAAAAGCAGCAGGAGCAUCUUUAGUGAUCUCUAUGAUGUCAUUGAGCUGGAGAGCCUGACCAGGAGGAGUCGAACCUUAACUCGGCUCUUCCAGGGCACCCUGCAGACUCGGCUGCUGGCAUCAGUGAGGGAGUGCGGCCGCCGCUGGGAUGAUGUGAACGCCAAACUGGAGUCGACAGGUCGACUGCAGUGGGAGGUAUUUGAAGCACAAAGGGAGGAGCUUGUCGUUUGGUUGGCUGAUAUGGAUGUCCGCCUGAGUGAGGUUGACCAGCUGACAGGAAACACCUUUCACCACUCUGAGGGUCUGUUCCACAGGGCCAUAGCGCAGAGUGGCACAGCCAUCUCCAGCUGGUCCGUUAACUACCAACCCCUCAAGUACACCAAGAUCCUGGCCCGGAAGGUGGGUUGCACCUACGCAGAGACGGCUGACCUGGUUGACUGCCUGAGGCGCAAGAACUUCAGAGAGCUGGUGGACCAAGACAUCCAGCCGGCCCGCUAUCAUAUCGCCUUUGGGCCUGUUGUGGAUGGAGACGUAGUUCCUGAUGAUCCAGAGAUUCUCAUGCAGCAGGGGGAGAUCCUAAACUAUGACAUCCUGAUAGGAGUGAACCAGGGAGAGGGGCUGAAGUUUGUGGACGACAGUGAGGACAACGACGGCAUCUCAGCUGCGGCGUUCGACUACACCAUCUCCAACUUUGUUGACAACCUCUACGGAUACCCAGAGGGCAAAGACAUCCUGAGGGAGACCAUUAAGUUCAUGUACACAGACUGGGCGGACAGGGACAACGGCGACAUGCGGCGGAAGACUCUGUUGGCCCUGUUUACGGACCACCAGUGGGUGGCACCAGCUGUGGCCACUGCCAAACUCCAUGCUGAGUUUCAGUCCCCAGUUUACUUUUACACGUUCUACCACCACUGCCAGACCGAGACGCGGCCCGAGUGGGCCGACGCCGCGCACAGAGACGAGAUACCUUACGUGUUUGGCGUACCGAUGAUCGGUGCCACGGACCUGUUCCCGUGCAACUUCUCCAAGAACGAUGUGAUGCUGAGCGCUGUGGUCAUGACUUACUGGACUAACUUCGCAAAGACUGGGGACCCCAACCUGCCCGUCCCUCAGGACAGAAAGUUCAUUCAUACCAAGCCCAACCGCUUCGAGGAGGUCAUCUGGACCAAGUUCAACUCGAAGGACAAGCAGUACCUUCACGUCGGUUUGAAACCUCGUGUCAGAGACAACUACAGAGCUAACAAAGUGGCCUUUUGGCUGGAAUUAGUCCCUCAUCUUCACAGCCUGCACGACGUGCUCUUUCCCACCACUACGCGCUCCCCCGCAGGCCGUGACGCCGGAACCAUGAGGCCCAGAAACAACGUUCCUCGAACCACUCGUCAUCCUUACCUUACCUUCCCGUCAGAUCCUGAGCCCGAGGGCUCAGAGCGCCCGCCCCAGGACCUCUUUCCCGGAGACACCCGUGACUACUCCACCGAACUGAGCGUGACAGUUGCGGUUGGAGCGUCGCUCCUCUUCCUCAACAUCCUGGCCUUCGCAGCCCUUUACUACAAGCGUGACAAGCGGCACGAGAUGCGCCGGCACCGGCUGUCCCCUCAGCGGGGCGGCCCCGCCAACGACCUGGCUCACAGCCAGGAGGAGGAGAUCAUGUCCCUGCAGAUGAAGCACUCGGAGCACAACGCUCACCACGACAUGGAGCCCCUGCGACCCCACGACAUCCUGCAGCCCGCCUGCCCUCCCGACUACGCCCAGGCUGCGCUGCGCUGCGCCCCCGACGACAUGCCGCUGAUGACGCCAAACACCAUCACCAUGAUCCCCAGCACCAUCACCAGCAUGCAGCCUCUUCACGCCUUCAACACAUUCCCCUCCACCGGCCACAACAACACCCUGCCCCACCCCCACUCCACCACCAGGGUAUAGUAGGGACAGGCCCGACACAGCGCCAACUAGGGACCAGGAACACUGGCUCUGCUACCACUCUGGAAGGGAGGCCUCUAGACGUGGGCCUUCGUUCUGUCCUCUUAUUCUCUUCUUUCUCCAAAAGCAACUACACCUGCUGCGUCAUGUGCUGUAAAACUUGGCAGCUCCCUCCACUGGUGGCAUGUGGAGGUGCAACUGAAGUGUACAGCAGCAGAUGAGCAGUUUGGG